CACAAUGUAAAUGAGUUUUAAGUGCAAAUUGACGUAAUGAAAUGGAAAUUACACAUUGUCCAAAUGUGAAUAGUACUUAUUGACGUUAGUGGGCAACAAAAUGUCGGUAUUAUACUGUAUGGUUUCAUGUUACUACGCACAAUUUUGGAUUCUGUCUCUUGUAUAUCGUGAUUUGUUGUCGGCACUUAACCAAAAGUCAGCCUCCUAAAAAGGAUUCAAAGGGAUCAUCAUCUAAACAGCCGCAGAAAACUCAAAAGAAAAAGGAGGGAGGCUCUGGAGGCAAGGCGAAAAAGAAGAAGUGGUCAAAAGGAAAAGUUCGUGAUAAGUUAAACAAUCAAGUUUUAUUUGAUAAAGCUACCUAUGAGAAACUUCAAAAAGAAGUUCCUCAGUACAAGCUUAUUACUCCUUCAGUUGUGAGUGAGAGGCUGAAAGUACGUGGCUCAUUAGCAAGGAAGGCCCUUGAUGAGUUGUUGGCCAAAGGUGCAAUUAAACAGGUUGUCAAGCAUCAUGCGCAAGUGAUCUACACAAGAACAACUAAGGGUGAUGACCAGCCGGCAUAAUUGUAAUUUUUUAUAUACAUACAUUCAAGUAUGAAUUAAAAAUUCUAAUAAUCAUUUGCUUUUUUUUUUUCAAUGAGACCUUGUCCUUUCAAUGAUUCUGUUAUGGGAGUUUGUUUUUGAGUGAACUCUAGAUUAGUUUUCGUUCUUAAAUUGGUGUCACCUUUGGGAAAAAGUGACAAUUCAGGAGAAUUCUCCAUCAUCCAAGCGACCAUCUGUAAAUUAUUUAAUGCAAAUUUGGAGUGUUAAGAAAACCCCCUCUUUGCUUUGUAGUGCAUACUUGUCCCCCUAAAUAAUUACACAAUGCUUGUGGCAAUCCUCCAUUUACAAGAUGUACAAAUAAAUUUUAUAAAACCAAUUUGUAUUAAUUUUGAUUUGUGUAAAAAUUUAUUAGUCAGAAACACAGUGAUGCUAAUUGCAUCUAUUAAUAAGAUUAGACAAUUUUUGCUCGUAUAUAUAUGAAGUAAUAUUUAUUCAUUCACUAUGCCAAUUGGCUUUAUACGUUUAAAUUUUCACAUAAUGUAUUAUAUAUAUAGAGAGAGAGAAAGAGAGCAUAAGCACAUAAACAGAAGUAUACAAUUGAUAUACAUCAAAAAUAUUGCAUCACAAAAUUUGGUUGAGACAAUAAGUAAUAAUUAAAUGAAUUCUUUUAUGCUACGUUUGAAAGUAGAUCUAGAUAUAUUGAAGAAUUGAACGUUUGGUGCUAUCUGAUUGACAAUGUUAGCUAUUCUAUUGUGCGACCCAAAGAUGACCUAAUUCUUGUUGGAAUUAUUCACAUUCACAAGUAGUCUUGUACACAAAUUAUGCCUGGUGCAUGCAAGGCUAAAAAAGCCAUUAAGUACUUUAGAAAAAAAUAAGCGUCUAUCAUUUGUCUCUGAGUUUGAAGUCUAUCACUCUUAAGUAGAUCGUAAACAUCAUCAGUAUUUCUCACAUCUUCAUCUUGACAGUAAUAAACUAAGGAUUUUCAGAACUUUCAUUGAGCACUCAAUUCAUGUAAUAUGUUGGACAGUAUAUGGUGACCAAACUAUUCUUCUGUAUUCCAUAUUGGUACCACUAAUGCAGAGAAUAAAUGUGUGUUGAUGCUUCUAAAUUCUUUUCUUGAUCAGAGUAUGAAUCCCAAGAUUUUGUAUGCUUUUUUAGAAAUGUUGUCCACAUGAUGAGCAAAAGUAAGUUCUCAUCAAUAAUUAUGCCCAGAUCUUUAAAUGAAUUAACAAUUUGUGCGUUUCUUCAGUCUAUGAUGACUUUGUAUUGACCAUAAGCACGAGAGAUCACAGCACAUUUGCCAAUGUUCAAGAAUAACUUGUUAUCCAUACACCAUUUCUCGAGUAGAGAGUUGUCGCAUUGUAGAAU